UCGCAUUUCCAAAUUCUUGUACGCUUCGUGUACGUGGUGAACAAAAAUAUUUUUAUAACUUAAUAUUUAUGCACCUUUUUCUAAAACAUUUUUUUUUAAUAACAUUAAAAUUUUUUAACAGAUGGUAAGUAUUCUUUUAAUACCGAACGCUUUAAAACUAUAAAAGGAAUGUCGAAUUUCGUAAAGCGAACAGUUACGAACACGACGCAACGCGGGACUCCCAAGCAAUAGCAGCACGGCCCUUCGUCUCCCCUUGUCGUCUCAUAGACUAGAAAAUUGCUACUUAUUUCAUUAUUCGUUUAAUUCAUGUACAUUUUUAGGAAUAUGUCAUUCUUUUACUAUUUCUAUCUUUUCAUAACUGUGCAAAUGCCCUCCGUGUCCUAAGCAGCUUACUUUCUUUUUGAAAAGGGAACACUUCCCAAACAUUAGACCGGGGCUAGCUAUCUUUUGAAAUGCUUCUUCCAAGUUCCUAAGAUGUUUAUCGAAACUUUUACCCAACUCGUUGAUGUCGUCGUGGUUUUAAUACCUGGUUUGAUAAUCCAAAAGCCAUUACGGACAAUUGUCACAGAUCAUCCCCAAUGCUAAAAGCCGUAUUUUCUUUGUCUUCUUCAUUUAUCUCCACUUGCCAUUAACCACUUUUCAUAUCAAGUGUUGAGAACCGUUUUGUACCGAUUCCAAAGCUUCAUCGGUACUGGAUAAUUGUCUUUCUUCUUCGCAAGUACCGCAGGUGAACUCCAUGGACUCGCUGAUGGUAUCGGUUAUGGUCUGGUUUACGAAUUCAAGUUUUUCUUAAGGAACGCUUCAAGGAGCCUAGCGAAUAGUUCUUGCAUCAUUAAAAUCGUCAUUAUCAAAAAUGGUUGAGCAUCUAAGAAUGAGUUGUUUAGCCCUAUUUUGACGUUUUCCGUCAAUGAAAUAUUUUUCAAGAAGUAUUCCUUCAACAAUCCACAAGUCAUUUAUCCCAUAGUUCUUAAUCUACUUCUACCUAAAAAACUGCUUCUGGUUUUGGUAGAAUAUGUUGGCUAUAUUUUAUUAUCACUCGUCUAACUUUGUUAUCACAUCUGAACCUUUUCAACAGUUGAAAUGGCCAUCAUUUUUCUUACGCACAUCUGUAGAUUAUUCCAGUAAUUUCUGCAUCUUUUUUCAAGUAAUUGAUUCAUGGUGUGAUCUAAUUUUAUUUGAUGAAUUUUAAAUGUUCGAAGAGAGAUGCAGAUUCCUGUGUCACAGCACACGAAACGUUAUAGUGGACGUGCUACCGCAUGUAUCUCGUGUUCAAUUAAAAAAGGUCUAAAAAUUCAUGUUUUCAUUGACCUUCAAGUGCUGAACACAUAAAGCGCGACAGACUGCAAGCGACUUCUGUUAAAUAUUAAAGUACACACGUUCUUAAGGACACAGUAAUUUAGACAGCUACACAGCUACAGACCGUCAGUUGUCGCUGUCGCUAACUUCAAAAUAUGUUUAUAUUUGCCGAGAGAGGAGUGAUGCCACUAAUAUGUAAAAUGUAAAAUUAUUCAAAGCUCUAACAAACCAGACGUUAUUUUACAAAUAAAAGCCUAAAGUAGCGUUAUUAUAUCAUUUAUAAUAACAAUUGAUAAUUUAAAACAAAUAAAUUUACUUAUUUUUUGCAUAAAAAAUAUUUCACUUUGAACAAAAUAUUAAAAUUUCAUUGUAGUGAAAGGUAUUAGUAUGGCUACAACGAAAUUGUGUACAUGCAAAAUGGAGAGCUGUGUUGUUUUGCCUACAUGUUGCUGCCUUCUUACAAAUGUUCAUGUAGAAGGAUUCACGACGCCAUUUACAGUUCACUGUCGUGCUGCCAUGUCGUGUCGCUCUCUAUGUGUUCAGCACUUCAGGGUGAGCGCACGAAUAUGAAAACGUAUUCAUUACGUACAUUAGGGUGCUUCAAAAAAAAAUUUUGAAUUUAUUUUCAACUCUACCCCCUUAAAUCUUAGUGAUUGGCAAAAUAAAAAUCCUCCCUUAAACCAGGCGCUGUAGCUUAACUCUAAGGCGUCGCUUUUUUUUAGGAUCCCGUUCAUUUAACAUAGGGAUUCUCGUUUUUUUCAUUCAAACUAAAAUUUCACCAAUUAAUUUUCAUUUCUCAAAAAUAACCAUCACAUAUUCAGAAAGUUGCCUUUUCAAAUUUAAAAAUUUUUGCGACAAAGUUUGAUUAUCUCAAUUAGAUGAUUAAAGGUAGUGAUUUGAAAAUUGGAAUUUUUUCAAUAAAAAUUGAAAAAAGUUUCUGAGAAUAAUAAUUUUGUCACGGAAAUUUUUAUAGUUUGAAAAGCCAAUUUUCUGAAUAUGUGAUGGUUAUUUUUGAGAAACGAAAAUUAAUUAAUAACAUUUCCAAAUAUAAUAUACCUUUGAAAACAGCGCUAUGCCAACCAUGAAAGGAACUUCCAAAUUUGGAUUUGAAAAGGAAUGUCGAAUUUCGUAGCAGCGAACUGUUACCGAAAAUAACACGUUACGAAAUCCGUCGCAAUCACAAUUUACAUUUUACAUGAUAUUCUAUGCUUCUUCUUCUCAACUCCAAGGAAUUACGUCACAGAUGGCAGUUGGGGUAAUCUUGUAUUUUAUCACUAUUGUUUUGUUCAACAGUAAGCAUAUUAAGCAUACUUCUCUUGGACGACAACAGGACUUGAUCCGCUGAACACAUAGAGAUCGACACGACAUGACUGCCCGACAGUGAACUGUAAAUAGUGUCGUGAAGCCCACUACAUCAACAAUUGUAAGACAGCGGCAUGUACACAAAACAACACAGCUGUUCAUUUUGUAUGUACACAAUUUCGUUGUUGCCAUACUAAUACAUUUCACUUCAAUGAAAUUUUAAUAUUUUGUUCAAAGUGAAAUUUUUUAUGCAAAACAUAGGUAAAUAGUUAAAUUUAUUUGUUUUAUUAUUAUCAAUUUGUUAGAGCUUUGAAUAAUUCUACAUUUUCAUAUUAGUGGCAUCACUCCUCUCUACUGUCGUCCGCAAAUUUAAAAAUACUUUCAAGUUAGCGAGAGCGACAACGGAGAGCCUGCAGUCGUGCAGAUGUCUAAAUAACUGUGUCCAUAAGAACGUGGGUAUUUUAAUAUUUGACAGAUGUUGCUUGCAGUCUGUCGCGCUCUAUGUGUUCAGCACAUGAGAGUAAGCAAGUAUUUUUGAACUGAAUUUCGACAAUGGAUGUAAACAAAAAAAUUAAUAUGCGAUUGGUGGAGACUGUAGAAAAGUAUCCAUGUUUGUACAACAAUACGCUCAAAGAGUAUUCUAACAGAAAUUGCACAGAAGCGGCAUGGGUAGAGGUAGCAGAGGAGCUUUCCAGUACACCGGAUGUAGUUAAGGACAAAUGGAAAGUUUUUCGCUCCAUUUUCGUGAGAAGGCUGAAAAAAAUGCAUAUGGGAGAACUAAUUAAGCCAUAUUACCUACAUGAACACAUGCAGUUUUUACGUCCAUAUUUACGAAAAUCGUGGGAUCCUGAAUGUUGUAACAAAAUAUUAUUGGAGGAAAGCGAAAGUCGUGUUACCCCCAAAAAUCUAAAAGAAAAUAAGGAUUCAAAUAGCAGUUAUGAAAAUUCAAAGACAUUAGACCAAGAGGAUAUUAAUUCAGUGUAUCUUGCUGAUAUGCCGCAAUAUUCAUGUCACGAUAAGCGAAUACGUGCUUCGGACGGGAAGCACCGAAUUAAUGAAUUCGACUUUUCUGCUCAACAAUUCAAAAUCAGCGAAGUUUCAUCACAUCAACAAGAUCAGGAGGCCACAGACGAUGAAGACUAUAAACGCCUAUUUAUAUUAAGCUUACUGCCAGAUCUUGAAGGAAUGAGUAACGCACAAAUGCGUAAAUUUAAAAUCAAAGUUACCGCGAUCAUAAAUAAUAUUAUUAAUAACGAAUAAAUUAAUAAUUGUUAUAACAUUUAUAAUAUUGAAUUUAAAUGUAUAGAAUUAUUUUACUCACUGUUAUACGCUCACCCAAUUUAGUAAUAUCAAUACAAAUAUACUGUUAGAAUAUUGAUGUCAAAAAGCAUAGAAAAGAUAAACUUGAUUCCAGAUGUUUUGGAAUAUUUUUUGAA